AUGCUGCGCUGCCCCAUCACCUGCAGCAGCGCGCUGCAGUGUCUGCGGCAACUGGUGAAAGCAGCAGUUUCUGCUGCUGUGCUGCCUGGGCGUGCUGCUCUAGCUGACGCUUUGCUGCUGGUGCAGCAGCAGCGGGAAGUUGCUGCUGCUGCUGCUGCAGUGCUGUCCACGGGGCGCGGCGGCGGGGCCCUGUCUUUGGCUGGCAGCCAGCUGGUGCUGCCGCUGGUAUCUGCUGUGCUGCUGCGCGCAGAUGCAGCAGCAGCACCUGCAUGCAAGCAGGCGCUGCUGCUGCUGCAGCAGCAGCUGCGGCUGCGGGCCAAACUCGACCCCGAUGCUGUUGCUGCUUGUCUUGCUGCUGUGCUGCGCGCGCACCCGGGGCUGGUAGCAGCAGGGCAGGAGGCGCUGUGUCUUGCUGCUGAGCAGCUGCUGCAGCAGCAGCAGCUGCCGCAGCUGCUGCUGCUGGCCACGAGCGAAGUAGCAGCAACUCGCAAGGCGGUUGCUGCUGCGCUGCAGCACGUUCCUCUGGACUCCAUCGGGUCUGCUGCACCUCUUUUUGUUGCUACUCUUCUCGUGCUGCAGCAAGACAAAGCUGAUCCUGAAAUCCCCAAACUUGCUGCUCAGCUGCUGCAGCAGCUGCCGCAGCAGCUAAAGGGGGAUGCGCAGCAGCACCUCCAGGUCCUCUCGCAGCUGCUCGCCUGCCCAGACAAGACUUUCAGAGAAAUGGCAGCGCAGGCGUUUGCUGCUGAAGUGGAGAGCGAGGCCGGCGGGGCAGCAGCAGUAGCAGCAGCGCUGCUGCUGCUGCUGGACUUGUUCAUGGGUCGGCGUGCGUUGGAGGGUCCCUUCGCAGCCCCCAAGCAGCAGCAGCAGCAGGAGCAGCAGCAGCAGCAGCAGCAGCAAGGGAUGGUGUACAAGAAGAAGGAGCUGGACGCUGCGAACAUUUUUGGCGGGACAGUGAAGGGCAAGGGCAAGGGCCGGUCAGCAGCAGCAGCAGCAAGCGCUGCUGCUGCAGCAGCUGCAGCAGAGGAAGAGGCGUCCCCCGCGCAGCAGCAGGAGCCGCAGCAGCAGCAGCAGCAGCAGCUGCGGACAGGCCCGGAGCUGGCGGUGAUGCACGGCGCAGCUAGCGCGCUUCGCUGCUGCGCCGAGCGCGGGCUGCUGCAGACUGCUGACACUUUGCUGCAGCUGCUGCAGUUCCUGCUGCAGGACAGCCUCGUGUGUCCCGAGGCCCUGGCAGAUCCGCUGCUGCAGCAGGAACUUCUUGCUGCUGGUGUUGCAGCAAUCCGCGGCGCCGAGGGCGACGCGCUGCGGCGGGAGAUCUUCGGCUACCUCGACAGCUGCGCCAGCAAGUUCAGCAGCAGCAGCAGCAGCAGCAGCAGCGGGAGCAGCAGCAGCAGCAGCAGCGGCGGCGGCGGCAAGAGCAGCGGCAAAAGCAGCAGCAGCAGCAGCAGCAGCAGCGAGGGCGCUGAGGACCCAGCAGCAGCAGCAGCGCAGGCAGCUCAUGCUUUGUUUUGCGGGUCUUUGGCGGAAAAGAUGGGAAAAGAUGAUCCGCUGCUGCUGCCAAUAGUGCAGCGGCUGGAAGCUUCGUUGCUGUCUGCUGCUGCUCCUUCAGCAGAAGUGCAGCGGCUGCUGUCGCGGCCGCUGACGCCGCUGGUGAAGCUGCUGGCUGCUGCUGCUGCGGAGCAGCCGCCGCCGCAGGACGCGCCGCAGCAAGACCCGCAGCAGCAGCAGCAGCAGCAGGGGCGGUCCGCUGCGCAGGAGCUGCUGCAGCGGUUCCUAGCAGCAGCACUGGGGGCCCCCGACCUGCCAGUGCGGCGGGGGGCCUCCUUGGGAGUUGCUGCAUGCGUGAAGGGUUUGGGGCUGAUAAGUUUGAAGAGAGAAGAAGUGCUGCAGCAGCUGCAGCAAGCGUUAGCAGCAAAAGAAAGUGUGGGGCGGCAGGGGGCGCUGCUGUGCGUGGAGGCGCUGAGCGAAAGCCUGGGCCGGCUGUUCGAGCCGUACACUUUGCUGCUGCUGCAGCAGCUGCUGCAGUGCCUGGGAGACGCAGCAGCACCGGUGCGCGCUGCAGCGCAGCAGGCCGCGCGGCAGCUGAUGCAGCAGCAAAGCGCGCACGGGCUGCGGCGCGUGCUGCUGCUGCUCACGGAGCAGCUGCAGCAGCCCCACUGGAAAGCCAAAGUGGCUAGCUUGCAGCUGCUAGCUGCUAUGGCUAGCUGCAACCCGAAGCAGCUAGCCAUCUGCGUGCACAAGGCAGUGCCGCUGCUGACGGACGUGGCUAGCGACGCGUGUCUGCCGCAGCAGGUGCGUGCUGCUGCUGCUGCUGCGCUGCAGUCGGUUGCUGCUGCAGUGGAGGCGCCGGAGCUGCAGCAGGCGGUGCCGCAGCUGCUGCAGGCCCUCAAAGACCCCUCGUUGGAAAACUCUAAAAGAGCGCUUGACUCUCUCCUCGCUUUGGACUGCUGCUGCUUCUCAGAUGAAGCAGCAGCAGCAGCACUUUCUCUCUGCAUCCCCGUGCUGGUGCGGGCCAUCAGCGAGCGCAGCAGCAGCGAAGUCAAGCGCAAAGCAGCAGAAAUCAUCGGCUCUUUGGGGCUGCUGUGUCAGCAGCAGCAGGCGCUGCUGCCGUACCUGCCGCAGCUGCUGCCGCCGCUGCAGCAGGCCCUCGGGGAUCCGAUCCCAGCAGUUCGUGCUGCAGCAGCAAGGGCGUGUGGGGCGGUGGCCCGCGGCGUGGGCGAGGCGGAGCUGGCGGAGCUGCUGCAGUGGCUGCUGCAGACGCUGAGCAGCAGCAGCAGCAGCAGCGUGGAGCGCAGCGGCGCGGCGAACGGGCUGUCGGAGCUGCUGCUGGCGUGGGGCCCCGCGCGGCUGCAGCAGCUGCUGCCGCAGCUGCUGCAGCAAGCAGCAGACGCAGGGGGGCCCCCAGGGGCCCGCGAAGGCUUUUUGGGACUUUUUGUUUUUCUUCCAAAAGCUUUUCAAAAAGACUUCCAAGACUUCGUGCCGCAAGUGCUGCCAGUUGUGCUGCAGGGACUUGCUGCUGAAGAAGA